AGAGACUGACACUCCUGGGAGAGGGACCCACAGUGCUGUCCCCUGGAAGCAACCAGGACCUUGCUGUCCCUCAGGACUGAACAGGAAGCCAUGAAAGCCCUGAUCGCGGGAAACUUAGAAGACUGCCUGCUGGAUAAGGCGGACCUGAGGCGCCAGGGCGUUUCCCGGACGCUGGAGGAGGUGCAGAAAGCCGUCUACCAUCUGACCACAGAAAUCAGCAACCAGGACAUCCGCUUCCAAGCCAUCCCGUACUCCCUGGUGUACAACGAGAACAUUAAGGUGCUGGCCCCCAGCCAGUUCCUCGUCACGGUCCCAGUGAGAGGCCUGGCCGGGUACAGGGAGGCCAGGGAGCACCGCUGGAGGUACUACACCCUGCAGGGCGCCCGGCAGCCCUGCCCCCUGCGGGCCCCCGAGGGCCUGCAGCAGUGGCUGGAGGUGCAGCAGUUCACGAAGAGCCUGUGGCAGUGGCACGAGGCAGAUGUGAACAUCGAGGGGGACAUCGUGCCCGCCAAGGUCCUCCAGGCGCUCCGGAAACUGGUGGAAAACGCGAUCGAGACCUGUCGCCUGUCAGGAAAGGUCAGCCUGCUGACAAACAGCAUUGCCGUCCACGUUGCCAUGGAGACAUCCGGAGGUCAGGUGGAGAUAGAGCUGGCCCCCGAAGUGGAGAUCCCCACCGCCUGGCCCAAGAAAGCCCAGUGGCCUCGGUGCCUGACGCGCUGGCCCUCCCCGGAGAGAGUGAAAUGCAUCAAGUCCUUCGGGUUUACCCUGCUGGCCCGCUCCAGUUACCACUGGCAGCUGAGCUUCCUGCAGGCCGAGCAGGUGCUGCUGGAGCAGCUGGACGAGAAUGGGGGCUGCCGCCGGAGAUGCUUCCAGGCCCUGAGGCAGAUGAAGGAGGACGUCUGGUGCCCGGGGGAGAGGCCUGUUAUCACGUCCCACCAUCUGCAGAUGGUGCUCUUCUGGACGUGCGAGAAGUACCCGCGCACGAGGGACUGGCGCGCCUUCGGCACGGGGCUGCUGCGCCUGGCGCGGCGGCUACACCGCUGUGUGCGCCAGCGCUUCCUGCGGCACUUCUUCGUGCGGACCAGCAACCUGCUGCAGGGCGCCAGCGCCACCGAGCUGGACGCCGUGGCCCAGAGGCUGGCCGUCUUCCUGAAGGACCCCCGGGCCAGCCUGCCCUGAGGCCAAGCCGCCGGGGCCCCCAGACGGUCAUCCCAUCCCGGCUGGGCCUCCGUGGAUCGGACGGUCAUCCCAUCCCGGCUGGGCCUCUGUGGAUCGGACGGUCAUCCCAUCCCGGCUGGGCCUCUGUGGAUCGGACGGUCAUCCCAUCCCGGCUGGGCCUCUGUGGAUCGGACGGUCAUCCCAUCCCGGCUGGGCCUCUGUGGAUCGGACGGUCAUCCCAUCCCGGCUGGGCCUCUGUGGAUCGGACGGUCAUCCCAUCCCGGCUGGGCCUCUGUGGAUCGGACGGUCAUCCCAUCCCGGCUGGGCCUCUGUGGAUCGGACGGUCAUCCCAUCCCGGCUGGGCCUCUGUGGAUCGGACGGUCAUCCCAUCCCGGCUGGGCCUCUGUGGAUCGGACGGUCAUCCCAUCCCGGCUGGGCCUCUGUGGAUCGGACGGUCAUCCCAUCCCGGCUGGGCCUCUGUGGAUCGGACGGUCAUCCCAUCCCGGCUGGGCCUCUGUGGAUCGGACGGUCAUCCCAUCCCGGCUGGGCCUCUGUG